GAUACCAAUGAAGAAAAAGACGCUGCUUGUAAAUUUUUACUAUUAUCGGAAGGCUCUUAGCCUCCGAUUUUCCGGCUCUCAGUGCAGGACAAGACUGUCACGAAUGUCUUUUUCUGUAUUCCGCGCAACUUUCCUUCCUGCAAUUUGCAGUCAAUCGUUUCAAUAGACUCUUCUACAUAAUAAUCUAAAGAGUUUCUGUGCGACUUUGUAUUAUUGCUUUCAUGUUUCAAUAGUGGUUUCAAUACUCUCGCUGCAAAUAUGUAUUUUUGCGAUCAAUCACGCAAAUGGUUCUCCUCGCGUUUGCUAUGUGAUACAUUAUAAAUCUAAAGAAGUAGCGUAUGUCUUGUGCGACGCACAGUCAUUAGUAUUAAACAGAAUUUUUCAUGAGUGACUGUCUGGGAUUUAUAUCCCUUGACAAUUCAAUGAAUCUCGCAAACCAGUGGCGGUAGAUAAGAGACACGAUGGACAAUAUCGAUAAGUUCUUUCAACAGUCACAUUACAAUAUUAUUCGAACUCUGUUGAGCGUUGCUGGUAUCUGGCCCUAUCAGACGAUGAGCCAACGUUGCGUGAUAUAUCUUGCAGUUUUGCUUGUGCUCGGAACUGGAUUGAUUUUCGAGGUGCUGGGUAUGAUUGAAGUUUGGCCAGACUCUUUAGAAGUGGUUGACUGCUUGCCACUCUUAGUUCUCGCUAUAGUGGCAUUGUUUAAACUGGUCUGCGCGAUGUAUACGUUACCGAAGCUACAGAUCAAGAUACUUCUGAGGAAAAUGCAAGAGUAUUGGUAUUCUCCAAAAUCGGACGAAGAGACCACGAUUUUACAUUCGUAUGCGUUAUAUGGGCGAAAUGUAGGCUAUGUUUAUUUCGGUAUGGUGCUUACCCACUGCACUAUUUUCAUGCUUAUAACAUUUUUAUCUAAAUUUAUUUCGGUGGAAUCCACCGGAAACAACUCGUCAAGCAACACGCAAAGCACGCAAAGAGGAUUACCGUAUCAUGUUAAUUACAUGGUCGAUGUAGAAACGUAUUACGUUCCAAUUUUUAUACAUUCCCUCGUAUGCGACGUAUAUUACUCGGUCUUACACGGCGUAUUCGACGUGUUCUACCUGACGCUCGUUCAGCAUUGCUGCGGUUUAUUUGCAGCUAUAAGAUGUCGUUUAGAAAGUGCAUCUGAAUAUGGAAAUGAUGUCUCAACGCCGAUUUCGAGGAGGGAUAAAAUGUUCUCAAAUAUCGUGUACAGCAUUCGCAGGCACGCAGAAGCGAUACAAUUUGCUAGCGCUACGGAGUCGUUACACAGGGCACCUCUUUUCGUGCAUUUGGGGACUAACACAGUAGUUUUAAGUAUCUUAGGAUUUCAGGCGAUUGUGAAUACGGCGGACAUCAAUCAUGUUCUGAAGCACAUAACUUUUUUGGAUGUGCUUCUCUUCAAUAUGUUCUUCGAGAAUUGGCAAGGUCAGAACAUGAUGGAUAGCAGCGAAGAAGUCCAUCAAUCCGCGUACAACAUGAAGUGGUACGAUAUGCCAACAAACCAAAGAAAGCUUCUAGUGAUAAUUAUGAUGAGAAGCAGAAGAGCGUCAAUUAUAACCGCGGGUAAAAUCAUCAUUAUGUCAUACGUAAGCUUUUCCGCGGUGGUACGUGCAGCGUCGUCAUACUUUAUGCUUCUACGAUCUAUGCAGUAAAAGUUCUAAACGUAAUAAAAAUAAAAUUUAGGAGAUCUCUCGUCGUCCAUGCUUUUUGAUAUAAUAGUUUCGACUAAUGCACUUAACCACACGCGUUUUGCUAGAAAUCUUCCAGAAGAUUUCCGAAAUUUGCGCGAGUAAGUGCGAAGCUGUAAAAAGAUUAUUCAUCAUAUAAUACAGUAAACAUAAAAUUGUUAAAUUUACUAGAAAAAUAUAUAUAGACAUGAAUAAAUACAAGUAAUAUUUGAAAAUGUAGAUCGUCAUUAUCAUGAUGUUACAAAAUAUAAAAUAUAUAAAAAUAA